CGAUGACGCUGUAGCGAAAAUCGUGGGCGUCCCGCUGGGCGUCUCGACUUCGCGCUUUUGUAACACUUCGUGAUCUCUUUCCACCUUGGCGAUUACUUCUGACAAUCCGUUCUCAAGCUUCACGUUCGUUGAGUUCAGUUUGUUCCAGUUUUUAGGAUCUGGCUGUUUGUUAUAAGCUGAAAAGAGGAAAUAUUUCAUUAGUUUGGAACAACUUUAAUAUUACACACAUUGAUAGAUGGUAGAAUUAUGUAGAGAUAUAUAUACAUAUAUAUAUAUAUAUAGAACUCCUGAAACGUGCUUCAAGUCACGUAAGAGUGAACCGUCAAGUGUAUGUACCUACAUACAAGAUAAUAAUAAUAUAAUUUAAGCAAUCCCGAAGAAAAAUCAUCCAAAUACAUUCAUGGCAGUAACUUCAUAAGUGCAAAUAUAGGUAUAACAAGAAUAUAUAAUAACUCAAACUAUCGUCCAACUAUAACAGAGAGUGCCGACAUGCUGCAUUGGUACGUUAUCGAUAGCGCUACUUCUCUAAGUAGAAAUUUCUCUGCAUUCAUUUUUUAAAAAUUUCAAAUUUAAUCCAUUAUAUAAAUAAUGAUAAUACAUAUCUUUGACUUAUUUUAAAUAGCAAAGUGAAAUUCAUGAAAUGAUAUGACAUCAAAAUAACAUGAUAGUGGAUGCUUUUCAAUUAUCUAAUUUGUGUCAAUAUAAAACUACAUUAUUGGUCACAUUGAAAAUAUUCCACUGGAGCCAUAAAAUAGCGAGACUGUGUCGAAAAAAAUUCAGUAAUUGGAAAGCAUCCACUAAUUUACUAAAUGAUAUGAAUUAUCAUUAAUCUUGCUGUUACUCGAAAUUUUUGCCACUAGAUGGCAACCGUUUAAUCUUCGUAAGCAACUCUAGGCAACUAACGUUACGUAGCAUCUCUACGUUGUGCAAAAUUUUCGUGGUUGAUUUUCGGCCUGCGUACCCCGCGAAUUCGCAAUCGAGUGCGGCGGCGGCGGUAACGACGACACGAAACAGCGAGUGCGUACAGGAGGAAAUAAACAGUAAGCGGUGGAGUGGUGACACAAGAGCGCGCGUGCAGCCAUGUCUUCGCCGAAUAAGAAGGUCAAAAAGCUAGAAGACUCGGGAGGUGAGGUGCGUGAUUAUGAUUACGAGACGCAGAAGGCCCUCGAGGAAAUUGACGGGUGUCAGAAUCAAAUCGAUGGCCUCAACGAGAAGGCCAGCGACGAAAUCCUCGAAGUCGAGAAGAAGUACAACAAGCUGCGCAAGCCCUACUUCCAGAAGCGAAACGACAUCAUUAAGAGGAUACCCAACUUUUGGGUUACUGCCUUUGUAAAUCAUCCACAAAUAGCACCUAUUCUAGAAGAGGAAGAAGAAGAUGCACUGCGAUUCUUAAAUAAAUUGGAAGUUGAAGAAUUUGAGGAUAUUAAGUCUGGAUACAGAAUCAACUUCCAUUUUGAUAAAAAUCCAUAUUUUGACAAUGAUGUACUCACCAAAGAAUUUCACCUUGGUUCUUCUGGGGACCCAGCAUCACAAAGCACUACUAUUCGUUGGAAAGAAGGCGCAGACUUAACUAAGAGGUCAAAAGAUAAAGGUCCUUUGAAAGGACGCAAAAGGCCACUGGGACACAGGACAUUUUUCGAUUGGUUUACGGAUCAUGGUGAUCCCAGUUCAGAUGAUAUAGCAGAGCUGAUCAAAGAUGAUAUGUGGCCCAAUCCCCUACAGUAUUAUUUGGUACCCGACAUCGAUGUUGAAAAUGGUAUCGAGGGUGACGGAGAAGAAAUUGAUAGCGAUGAGGACGAGGACGAGGAAGAGGAUGGCGGUGGUGACGAAGGGGAUGAGGGUGGUGAAGGUGAAGAGGGCGAUGACAGCAUAGUGGUAGUAGAAGAUGACGCUGAUGAAGAAGACGAAGAGGAGGAAGCUGCAAAUGAUGAAGAUGACUGUGUAAAUGAUGAGGAUGACUUAUUAGUGGAUGAUGAUGCAGACCGCGAAGAUGGCGAAGAACCCGAAUAGAAUUUCAGCAUUACAAGAUCGUGAAAUCCAUUGCAUUAUGGACGGAAAAUCAGUGAAAAUGUCUGAACAAACAAUUGUGAAUUGAAUCAAUUAAGGAGAAAUAGGUCGAAUCUCCGAGGGUUAAGCGCAUAAUGAGUAACACCUACUUGGCACCGUACUAUUAUAAUUCUAUUAAUAAUAGGCUAGGGUAAAAGUAAGUCUAGGCGCCAGGUCGGUGUUUCGCUCAGUACAUCACUAUAUAAAAAAAAGAAAUCAAGAAAAACCAAUCCCGUCACUAUUUCUUUAUGAACGAGGUGCAUUGCAAGAAACAUUUUCUUCUGCCGUGGCAGUUAGUCGCUAGUUUGCGUCGUCCAUGAUGGAAAUUUCACUUACACAUACAAAUUCCAGUUUAUGGACUACUCGUUUUUCUAUGAAAAAGAAAAAAACAAGUCGUCUCGAAAUUUCCUUAACUCUGUAAAUAAAUAAUUUUCACUUUUUUAUCAUACUGCAACGUAAAGAUUUCUGAUCGUAAUAUUUGGCAUUGUCGCCAUAUCGCGUACAAUGUAAUGCUAAUUAAAUUUUUUUUUCGGUUUUCUAUAUUUUGACGUCAAUACUUCAUUGUAAUAUGUACGAAUAAUAUAUUUGUAAGUCGUUUUAACUUCACUGACCAUUUCCUCUUAAAUUUUCAAAUAUUUUUCGAAUAACUGUAAUUCCGAUUACCAUGCCGUUUUUCGUUUUCUUCAUUUCUAAUAUCUCGACCGAUGGACCGUUUGAUAUAUUGUCUUUUAUGACUUCGUGUAGAUUCUUUCAAGACUCUGUUUUUAUAUAUUCACGAAGAUACUUGAAUGCAUUAUUUCUUUUUUCUUUUUUUUUUUAUUUGGUCGCACAUUUGUAAAUAGCAGAUACAGGUAGUGCCAAGCUUCAUUACAUUAUGGAAUUAACAAAGCUCGUGUGUAUCUUGGAAAAGUCGAGCAAUGUCGGGAUAAAUGUCGAAUAUAAUUUUUUGAAAUGAGAAGCUUCUACUAUUGGUUUACCUUGGGUUAUGCAAUUUUGUCAAUGACGAGGAUGCUGCUGCUGUUGACGCCGUCGCGCCUCGUUCCUUCUCUUCCAGCCCUAUGCACCCCCCCCCCCUUCCCCGAAAACUCAUUUCUAAUUACAAGUACCGAUAACUAAUGAUAUUUAUAUAUCAAACUAUUUUCCAUAGAUGAUGUUAGAAUUAGUAUACAGUCUUGAGCGAUGAUGAAGUACCAGUCAUCCAUGCUUGGACACGUAACUGAAUCCGUCACUUUGAAAAGGGCCAUUUGUUCAAUACCGUUGAAAACUCUCGCGGGACAUUAAAUUCUUUCGCAUAAAAAGAUAAACAACUGUUUUCUACUAUCUGGGAACAAAUUGAAGACAACCCUUUUCAAAUUAACUGAACCAAUUGUGUUGUGCAGAAAAUCAUUAGAAUAAAAUUGUCAGUUUGAAAUA